GAAUUCUGUCUUUCAAUUUCUAACUCAGCAGUAGCGCUGACGUCGUCUUUAUAUUCCUUCUUUUUGUGACAUUUACGAAAGUUGGGAGCAGAAUGUCUGCCCACAAGACGUUUAUAAUUAAGCGAAAACUCGCAAAGAAGUUGAAGCAAAACAGGCCUAUUCCACAAUGGGUUCGUAUGCGGACAGGAAACACUAUCAGAUAUAAUGCAAAGAGACGUCAUUGGCGCAGGACCAAACUAAAGUUGUAAAUUGUUACUUCAACAGUUAUGAGACUUUUGUAUACCUUAAAUUAAAUAAAUAACUUGUCCAUAAA